UCGUAGUUGUAGCCGCGACAGUACCAAAGACUAAGAGAGACAACAAAACAAACCAUUUAAUUUGCCUAUUUUUUGAAACUCCAUUUUUAAGAAGACACAAACAACCAACACACACCAAAUCAUCUUUCAUCAAUAAUAUUUUCUUCUCCCACCCCACAACACAACCCCACUUGUCACAAUAAUAAGCAUUUGUGUAUGUGAAAGAAAUAUGCAUAGAAGGUUCCGGCAAGUUUGCACUGCUCUCAAAGAGCAUAGCUAUGUUAACUUUGCUAAAAUUGCUUCAGCAAGUGGAUUUUCUGAUAUCAAUGUUAUCAUCAUAAAGGCAACUUCACCAGAUGAUUUACCUCUGCAUGAAAAAUACAUACAACAACUCUUGAAACUUUUUUCCAUGUCUCCUUCUUCGUGUCACUCUUUUGCCAUCACCUUCACUCGUAGAUUUGGCACAACACGUAACUGGCGUGUUGCACUCAAGUGUCUCAUUCUUCUUCACCGUUUGCUUCGUUCUGUUCCGGGAAACAGUACCCUUUGGACUGAACUUGUAUGGACUCGUUCCAAUGGCUUGAUUUCUCUUUACCCUUGCCAUUUCAGUGAUUAUUCUUCUUCGUCUUCAAUUUCCUACACAAAGUUCAUCACAUCCUAUGCACACGUCCUCGAUGAAGCACUUAAUUGUGUUGUCUUGGAAAAGGAAGAAGCAGAGGAAAAAGAAGAAGAAGAAGCUAUGCAUGAAACUUUUCAAGAGAAAAUGAAAGAAAUGUGUGAAAUACUUGAAAUGUUACCACAACUUCAGAGCCUUAUAGAUAGGGUGAUGGAUUGUUACCCAGUGGGAGUAGCAGCUCGAAGUUUCAUUGUUCAAUCAGCAAUGAAACUCAUACUUCGAGACAGCUUCAUUUGUUACAAGAAAUUCAGAAAAGAAAUAGUAGUGGUUUUGGAUAAUCUUCUUCAGAUGCCUUAUAGGAACUGCAUGGCUGCUUUUAAUAUAUAUAAGAAAGCAGCUAUGCAAACAAAUCAACUCUAUGAGUUCUAUGAAUGGUGCAAGGCAAAAGGGUUGUGUGGUUUCUAUGAAUACCCUUUGGUAGAACCAAUCCCACUUAUUCAAAUCAAAGCUCUUGAAAGUUUUCUCAGUGGCAUGUGGCAGUUGACUGAGUCUUCAUCAUCGCCAACAAGCUCUUCAUCAUCAUCAUCUGAGGAAUCUUUCACCGAAGAAGAAAAAAAAGAAAAAGAAAGGAAGUUAGUGAUGAGAAGAGACCUUGUCCACAUCAAAGGUCAAGAGUUUGAGUUUGAGGAUGAAGAGGAAAAGCCUUUGAUUGAACUACAUCAACAUGAACAUCAACAUCACGCUUAUCCAAAAGUAGUUGGAGUUGGGGUGGAGAAGCCUUUGAUUGAACUAGAAGAUGAUAAUGAUGUUAAUUGGGAGACAUUGUUGGAAUAUUCUGUUAGUUUAUCUCCUGCUUAUUAUGAGGGUGACUUUAGCAGCUUCUUCAGCUCUAAGGGAUGGGAUAAUGAACAUAGCUUUGAGGAUUGGAAGGAAGGGAAUGAACAUGCAGAUGACAAAUGGAGAAUCGUAAUGUACCAUCCUACUCCUUCUUAUAACCCUUUCUCUCACCCAAAUUAG